AUGGCAUCACUGGUCUUGAGCCUCACUACUUCUUUGAUCACAGCAAGUCCGUAUCCUCCCUCAGUCCCGGGGACUGCCGAGAAUGCUGCAAGAGGUUUAGUUUAUACAACUAGAAGCUUCGGACAGCGGGGGAACAGUGUGAUCACUAUCACAAAAACAGAAGAGGAGCAAAUCACAGAGAUUUCACGUGGUCGCGAGAUCCAGCUCACUAAGCUGGUUCAAGAGCGACUUAUCAUCAUUGAUCGAACACAAAUUGCUCGGGACAACAUUAGAAAAAACCAUUUCAAAAACUUGAAUUCGCAGCAGAAUACUGUUAUCAUUGUUGUCACCCAAAUUGUCGAUGCGCGGGACACUUCUCGCCAAAACAUUCGAUACAUGACACGUCAAGUCCAGGCAGAUAAUCAAGCUAAGGAUACACAAUACGUCAUGGUCCAACAAGCUCAAGCGAUGACCAUCAAUGGUGCUUCUUCCACAGGAACAGCAUCUUUGCCUCAAGGCACUGACAUAUCGUCUUCCUCUCCCAUUAAGACAUAUGAUCCCAAUGAAGCACCAUCGGUAUCAAAUGGCACUCAAUUAUUACCGGUAAAUGCAGCAGCUCCAAGUUUUGGGGGCGUAAAGCAAUUCCAAGAUCCAGCGAUUAUCAUCGAGGAGAAUCAACAGGCUUUUGUGAACUUUGCGAGUGCCGGAGGAGAUUGA